UAUUAUCAUGUCAUAUUGUAUAACUUAGGUUAUACGAUAGUUUCAUUUUCAAUUUCAUAGUUUGUUAUAUUUAGUUUAUGAGUUCAUUACUUACUUUUCGUUUUCUUUGACCGUCUGGUCAACAUUUGAAAUCUACGUUUUAUCCAGUUUGUGUUCUACAAUCAGUACAAUCUAUAAAUUCGCCGGCUAAUCACCAUUCGCCGCUGCCCGUUGAUAAAUUUAUAAUAUUAAAUCUAAUAUAGUAACAUUAUUAUUGUUUGUAGUUGUUAUUUGAUUUUUUUUUUUUAAAUUUAAAAUGGUUUUUACAACGGCAAUGAUGAUGGUGAGAAGUAGAGGCCCCGACGAGUUCUGGAGAAAAAGGAAAAUUUUCAAAAUCGCUGCUCAUUUUUCUGGCCGUCGAAGAAAUUGCUAUUCUAUUGCUAUUAAGGCAGUUCACCGUGCUCUUCAAUUUGCAACAAUUGGGCGGACAGUGCGAAAAAGUGAUAUGAUUGAUUUAUGGAACACUCGAAUUAGAGCAGGCUGUGAAGAACAUGGAAUAGAAAUAAAUAAUUUCAAGGAUAGUUUAUCAAGAUGUGAUAUUCAGUUGAAUAAGAAAGUUUUAGCUGACUUAGCUAUUUGGGAACCUAAUUCAUUUAAAGCACUUUCUGAUUUAGCAAAGUCUGUAUCAAUUGAUUAUAACUUACCAGGUACUGAAAAAUACGACAAGCCAACAAAUGUAGUCACUAGAGGUUUAUUGAAAAAAUAAUUUUGUUUUAUAUUGUGUUUUUUAAAUGAAUCAUUAAACCGUAAGAAAUUUUGUAGAAACAUAAAUAAAUGUUAUUUGUAAAAACUAA